GGGCCAGAAUCUUCUUCUCUUUUCUUUCUUUUCUUUUCUUUCUCUUUUUGAUUUUUAAACAUAAUAUGUCUUCGGGCCAGUUAAGAGCGAGUGUCACCAAAACAUCUCGUAUCUGACUCUUUCAGAUAAUUGAAACGAUUUAGUUUUCGCGACGGAAAUUCAUUGUGAAUCGUUCUAGCAGCAGAACAUCAUAAAAUUCAGAUGUAAAACUAAAAAUAUAACCUCUUCUUGUCUUUUAUUCGAAGUGACUACAAAAUUGAAUUUGACGAACAAAAUAUGCGUAGUACUUUACUUUUUAUUUACAAGGCCUUAGCAUUAAUGCAGUAUGCUUAGAAUUUCCACAUAAACAUUAGCUUUAAAGGUGGUAUACAGGAACAGGAUAUUUGGAUUUUGAGUGGAACCAGCCCAGUUUCUGUCUCACAAAAGUGUACCAGUGCCUAACAGGUACGCUCACUUCAAUCUUCAAUUAUUUACUAUUGUCGUGCCCUUCUCUCUAAACUUGACAAAUAACCGUAUGUUAAUUUGCUUGAAAUACGCCUCGAUUCCAACUGAAAACGAAUACGGGUAUAAAGGGGUGCUUUGUUUCGAGUAAAGGAAUUAAUUAUUUGCUUUUAAAGCUCCAGCCAUCCACCAGAAGACGGUCACUGAAAAAAAAAAUUGCCGAUGUAUUGGCAACACUAGCUAAAAUACAAAGUGUACCCUCUUAAUCAGCUAUUUUACUUUGUGCCUGACGACAUAAUGUUGACGUCUAUCAAAAUUGUGUGCAUUUUCUUUCUUCAGAAAUGGACACAAUCACCUUGGAAGCCUGUAAUAUUUCGGCGUAUAACGUAUUUCACUAGAAGUAGACAGAUGCAUGAUUUUUUACUAAAAAUGAGAGUUGGGCUCACCAGGUGGACUUGUAACCUGAUAUUGUGUAAUUUAUCUGGUGGAUUUUGCUGCCUAAUACCAGGUGGUAUGUCAGGAAUACCAUCUAUUACAGGAAUUUUUAAUUUGCCAAAGUGCAACAGCCCAUCAAAAGCAACAUCCCCGAAGGUCGCCUUCAACACCACGAUGAGACAAAUAUAUCUGUUUCUGUUCUCUUUUUUUGCCUUACUUAUCACGUUGGUAGCCCCAAUGGUUAUCGGAAAAGGGCAUCCCGAGAAAAACGAAGAGUCUCCAUUUCCAGAGACAAACAAAACCGCUGCAGAAUCUCAUGAUGAAAAGCAAAACCUUUCAUUGAAUCGUAUCAUGAUCAUCAAGGAAAACUACAGCUACGAGGAAACAAAUUUACCCCAAACCCUUCGAGGAAAAUCAUCUCCUGAUACCAACAUUAAAGUUCCUAUCAAAGGAUCCACAGCAAAAACAAAACAUGAUACCACAUCAGAGGACAAAGACCGCGAUUUUGAUGGCUGUCGAAAAGAGGAUAUGAUCGUCCACACAGCAGAGCUUGGCUUGCCAACAAAGUACAUCCAACCUAAGACAAUCAACGCCUAUCAGUGCAAGGGGAAGUGCUCCCCCAAGCAGUGGAGAAAAUACAGCCUUCACUCGCUGCUCAAGGCGUAUUUGGAGGAAAAGAAAGGUAUCAGUGUUGAUAACAAUGCAUGCUGUGUGCCAACUAAGCUUCGACCGAUGUCUCUUAUCUAUUACGACGAAAAGCUUGGCUUUGUGAGGCACAUCCUUGACAAUGCGAUUGUUCAGGAGUGUGGUUGUUACUGAAAGCAUUGCCAAUUAAUUUCCUCGAAAUGGGGGAAUUUAGAGUUUAUUUGUUGAACGAAAUUAUAUACAAUCGACCAAGCCGUAGUAUACGGUGCUACGUAGAUUAAGCCCAGAUGCAUUAGUUAGAGUGACAUGUUACGAUUUUGUAGGUUGAUUUUAACAGUUGAGUGAAAAAGGUAAAAUUUUAUUCCUAAGUAUGCUUGUAUCAAUCCCGUCUUGCUUUCUUGCGUCAGAACUUCUAAACAGACGGAAUCCAGGCCAGGGCCCAUUUCUCAAAGGUCCCGCUUACUUAGUUGUUUUGAGUAAAGAUGGGGGUUUUAAAAGUUUUGAAAAUUAUACGGUAAAAAUAUCAGGUCGAGAAACAAAAUGGACUGGUUAAAGGGCCAGAAUCUUAUCUUUUGUUUAAGUUUUGAUUUUGAAACAUGAUAUGCCUCCGUGCCCGUUAGGUUACCGAAACUUUCGAGAAGCGGGUCCCUGGGCUGCUCUGUAAUCCUCGGUGUUUCCAGAAUUUGAGGAUCUUUUUUUUUUAUCCGCAAAAAUUUAGAGAGAGCAGUACAUUUUGGUAGAAAUACUUAAAUAUUGACAACAUAAAAGAGCUUGCUACAUUAAUAAAUAUUUUUUUGUGAGUCAGUAAAUAGUUUUGAACCUGUAGUAAAAGUUAAGGGUGUGGUCUUUUCGUCCGCUUGAGAGUAUUAAAGUGGACAGCUCUCACCGAAAGUGAUGCACGUCUCGACAACCUGAACGGAAGCCGUCAUUAGAAUGGAGUUGUUUGAAUUUGACCCGGGAAUCAGGAGUUCCAUGCUACAGGCGGCUAAGCAGCCAUUGGUAAUAUUUAAUAUGUAUUCCUACCUGAAGAGCGUUGUGUGAAAGCAAUGAUUUCAGUUAGAAUUAUGAAUGAUUAUCCUAUGAACCGCCCCCAUGAAUUCGCCCAUGGCCAGCUUGUUGUCGUAUUUUCCUCUCUAUGACGUCAGAGGGUAUCAUGCCCUCGAGUGUUCUCAGACCACCUCGGUUACACGUGAAAAGAGCAUGACUGAUGUUGGCGUAACAUUUAAAGCUUUCAGGUAUCUUACGCUCCUUUACUUUUUGAUAAAACUUAUCGAUAAAUGUUCCAUUUCUUUCUUCAUCUAUUACCUUCGUUGUGCUGUGUUGCAAAUCCCAACCAACUGAUGCCUCCGGAAACAGUUCAUUUUGUUUUUCUCGGCUUCGUCUAGGGUUAGUUUUAUAUCAGUAAAAUCCAUGAUGAUGAAAAAUAACGGAAGCAGAUAUACUGCGGACAAAGAAGCUUGUGUACGAAAACAAAAAUGCAAAACAGACCUUAAGUGCAACAAUAUGAUUGGUCAUGGUUUCUACAUUUGGGAUUGAUAUUUACUGUUAGGAAGCGAUGGUUUACGUUAUACAUGUAGCCCAUGAAGCAAUAUCCUUUGUAUAGAACAUUUCUGGAAUCAAAGAGGCAUUAAACAAAACGAGUUGAUUA